ACUGUGAAUUUGGAGAUGUUGGUUGGUAGAAUUGUAUGUCGUUUCCCAAAAGCCGUCGUAACUCAGUGCCGGAGCUCGUUGCUUCUCUAUUCCCGAGAACAGCAACAGCAACAAUACGUUCCCAUUCUUGCAUCUGAGUUCCACUCCUUUCGUGAAUUCAAAGAGAAGGUUACUCUAUUUCAUGAAUCUGUCUUGCAACGGUUUUGGAUUUCAUCCUCUGCAUCCCCCCAACAUAAUGAAAAAGAGGCAUCUCAGUCCCAAAGCAAACCAGGAAGCACAAAAGAGAAUGGAGAAGUGAGUGAAAAAUGUGAAGCUUCAGUUUCUGCUGAUUCUCAGUGUCAAGAUGAGAAUGAUGAAUCAGGUCCUGAUUUGGCAUCCAAUGAUAACACAAAUGAAAAUGUCAAACGAAGAAGUAGACGUACUAAACAAGCUGUAUCUUCUGAUUCUGAUUCUGAUUUAGAUACGGAGGACCUUUCUAGGGAUGACUUGGUGAAACUAGUGGCUGAGAAGGAAGAACUCCUAAAGAUAAAAGAUGAUGAGUUUCAGAAAAUGAAGGAAAAAGCUCUUAGAUCCUAUGCGGAGAUGGAGAAUGUAAUGAACAGAACCAAACGAGAAGCAGAAAAUUCCAAAAAGUUUGCCAUUCAAAAUUUUGUGAAAUCUCUUCUAGAUGUUGCUGAUAAUAUGGAACGGGCUUCUUCUGUUGUAAAAGAGAGCUUCUCCAAAAUUGAUGAAUCUAAGGAUACUGUUGGUGCUGUGCCACUUCUGAAGACACUUCUGGAAGGUGUUGAAAUGACAGAUAAACAGCUUUCCGAGGUAUUCAAAAAAUUUGGUGUGGGAAAAUAUGAUCCUACAAAUGAAGAAUUUGAUCCAAAUAAGCAUAAUGCAGUGUUUCAAGUACCAGAUCCUAAAAAGGCUCCUGGCAUGGUCGCUGUCUGCCUCAAGUCGGGGUACACCUUGCAUGACCGAAUCAUUCGGCCAGCUGAAGUUGGUGUGACGGUAGCCAUGGAGAGUACGAAGGCAGAUUGAAGAACUGAAGCUUAAACAGGUGGGUCAUGAACCAAGAUUUUGGAGCACGAAAAGAAAAUUUUUCUCACUUUUGAAAAGGAGUUUAGUUCCAGAUCCUCCAAUGGAACUGUCCGUUCACAGAGUAGUUAUAGUUUUUUCUAGUAUUUACAAUUUUAUUUUAUUUUUUGUUUUACAGUGUUAAGUAAUGUCUGUUAAUAAUGACUGCUUUAUUGUGGGGGAGGUUUACUUUGCUGUCCUUUCUCUCAACUUAUCCAAAUAGAGUUUUACUCAACCCUUUUCGCUCUACUUA